GCGCACAAACCGCACCGCGCAGGGCCAGGCUGACCCACGCGACCGCCCUGCUGGCGCCGCCCAACCGCCGCCGAAGCUUCUAGAAGCGGCGCCCCCUUGCCAGAACCCGACGCUCGCGGAGCCGGCGGCCACCAGAGGUUGGGGCGUGGCAGGGGUGGGGCCUGCGAGGAGGCCGCGUUUGAUUCGCUGCCGGCCCGGAGGGCCCGCCACGCCAGCGCCAUGGCUCCGCCUCUUCCCUCCCCCUCCAUGGCGCCGCCCGGGCUCAUUCAUUCCGCGCCCGGCCCGCCAGACACCUGCGCUCUCCUUCAGCUGCCUGCCGCCGCUGCCGCCAGCAUGUCGGGCCCCGCUGCUGAGACCCCGUCAGCCAUUCAGAUCUGCCGGAUUAUGCGGCCAGAUGACGCCAAUGUGGCCGGCAAUGUCCACGGAGGUACCAUCCUGAAGAUGAUCGAGGAGGCGGGGGCCAUCAUCAGCACCCGGCACUGUAACAGCCAGAAUGGGGAGCGCUGUGUGGCCGCCCUGGCCCGAGUAGAGCGUACUGACUUCCUGUCACCCAUGUGCAUCGGUGAGGUGGCCCAUGUCAGCGCGGAGAUCACCUACACCUCCAAGCACUCCGUGGAAGUCCAGGUCCACGUGACGUCUGAAAACAUCCUCACAGGUACCAAAAAGCUGACCAAUAAGGCCACCCUGUGGUAUGUGCCCCUGUCGCUGAAGAACGUGGACAAGGUCCUGGAGGUGCCCCCAGUUGUGUACUCCCGACAGGAGCAGGAGGAGGAGGGCCGCAAGCGGUAUGAGGCCCAGAAACUGGAGCGCAUGGAGACCAAGUGGAGGAACGGGGACAUUGUUCAGCCCAUCCUGAACCCAGAGCCCAACACGGUCGGCUACAGCCAGUCCAGCCUGAUCCACCUGGUGGGGCCUUCGGACUGUACGCUACAUGGCUUCGUGCACGGAGGUGUCACCAUGAAGCUCAUGGAUGAGGUAGCCGGGAUCGUGGCCGCACGCCACUGCAAGACCAACAUAGUCACAGCUUCUGUGGACGCCAUUAACUUUCAUGACAAGAUCAGAAAAGGGUAUGUCAUCACCAUCUCUGGGCGCAUGACCUUCACGAGCAAUAAGUCCAUGGAAAUCGAGGUCCUCGUGGACGCCGACCCCGUGGUGGACGACUCGCAGAAGCGCUACCGGGCCGCCAGUGCCUUCUUCACCUACGUGUCCCUGAGCCAGGAGGGCAAGUCGCUGCCUGUGCCCCAGCUGGUGCCCGAGACCGAGGACGAGAAGAAGCGCUUUGAGGAAGGCAAAGGGCGAUACCUGCAGAUGAAGGCGAAACGACAGGGCCAGGCGGAGCCUCAGCCCUAGACGCUCUCCUCCGGCCGCUGGGCCCGGAGCAGCCCCAGCGUCUCAUCACUUAGAAGUUACCCCCUUGGCCAAAAACCCAGCUCACAUUGAGAGCCAGUGUUGUGUGCAGUAUUUGUCUCGCAGUGUUAACCUGUCCUCUCCUGAAAACCUGUACACCAAAGCUUUAUAUCAUUCCAGUGUGUAAGUGCUACACAGUAUUGUCCUGACGCCCGGAGGCGUUCCCUGGAGCCCUGGGGAAUAUUCCACGUUCACUGUACGGUAUGUAAAGACUCCAGCAUCACUAAUAAAGCUGCUGUUUGGCUGGA